GCAGAGCGGCACACAGUCCUGGGCUGAAUCAAGGCUGUCCCUUUCCUUAGAAACCAACCGCCGAGGACCUCCGGGCCAGAUGCCUGAGGACAGGACAAAAGAGAGAGUUGGGAACCAGGGGACGGAAGCAACAAGCUGAAAGGGUCAGGAACAGGAUCGGUGGCACUAGCCCCAUCCUGUACCUGGACAUUUUGGCACCAGAUUCCUGCCUGCCUCCAUCGCUCUAGUCCCACCCACAUACCUACCAACCCAGACAGGCUGGAGGAGCAAGGCGUGAGCCAGAGAGAUGAGCCACAGGUGUUAGCUCUGCACUGUGCCCAGGGAAGUCCUUCUGCCCAGCCUGCCUACCCACCCUGGCACUCUCUCUUGGCUCAUUGGCUCAGACAGCCCCACCCUGCUGGGAAGUGAGGAACAAAACCUGCCUCCAGGAGGCCCUCGGGCAGACAGACAAGCCGGCACCGGAGAGUGAGGACCCACGGGGACCCAAGAAGGAAGGACCGAGACCCUGACUUUUGGAGUCUGGAGACCAGGGUUCAAGACCAUCUGUGCUACUUGCUGCUGUGAGAUCUUGGGCAGGUACCUGUCACCUCUCAGUCUUAACACACUUUCCUGUGAGAUGGGGACUGUGGCCGUCCCUUCUCUGAGUCACUGCGAGUAAAGACACAAUGGCCCCGUGGUUGUUGUGAAACAGUCCUGGCCUUGACAUCAUCUAUCAGGACACCCCUUUGUGGGUUCUCCCAGGCCUUGUGACUCCCGGAGCCUGAGAGGUUAGCACGCACGCACGCACGCACGCACGCACGUCCACGUGAAGCACCGAGGACACAGCCAACAUGAACUGGGGGUUUCUCCAGGGAAUCCUGAGCGGCGUGAACAAGUACUCCACCGCACUGGGCCGCAUCUGGCUGUCGGUGGUCUUCAUCUUCCGAGUGCUGGUGUACGUGGUGGCGGCGGAGGAGGUGUGGGAUGACGAGCAGAAGGACUUCAUCUGUAACACUCAGCAGCCCGGCUGCCCCAACGUCUGCUAUGAUGAGUUCUUCCCCGUGUCCCAUGUGCGUCUCUGGGCCCUGCAGCUCAUCCUGGUCACCUGCCCCUCCCUGCUGGUGGUCAUGCACGUGGCCUACCGAGAAGAACGGGAACGCAAACACCGUCGCAAACACGGGCCCAACGCCCCGGCCCUGUAUAGCAACCUGAGCAAGAAGCGGGGCGGCCUGUGGUGGACAUACCUGCUGAGUCUCAUCUUCAAAGCUGCUGUGGACUCGGGUUUCCUCUAUAUCUUCCACUGCAUCUACAAGGACUAUGACAUGCCUCGAGUGGUCGCGUGCUCUGUGGACCCCUGCCCCCACACCGUGAACUGCUACAUCUCCCGACCCACGGAGAAGAAGGUCUUCACCUACUUCAUGGUGAUCACGGCAGCCAUCUGUAUCCUACUCAACCUCAGUGAGGUCGCCUACCUGGUGGGCAAGAGAUGCAUGGAGGUCUUCCGUCCCCGGCGUCGGAAAACUUCUCGGAGGCAACAUCUACCAGAUACAUGCCCACCCUAUGUGAUCUCCCAAGGAGGUCACCCCCAAGAUGAAACUGCCGUCCUAACAAAGGUCGGCAUGGCCACGGUGGAUACAGGUGUGUAUCCAUGACCUGCAGGUAGGCCUACCCGGUCACUGCCUGUUCACAGAAGCCAUCCAAGAAAAUGGGCAAAGGCAGUGUUAUUGUCUGCAGCAGGUCAGGUGGGAAAUGUGGCUAUGGGGGCUCCGGAAGUUCAUCCAAGGGCUAGUAGAAGAUGGGGAACACCCUUGAGUCCCUAAAUCCUGAGCCUCCAGGGACUUGAUGGCUGGUGGGAUUUUAUAUUUGCCAAUAGAGUACCUCAACCCCCUUAAUAAAUACGAUGUUCCCGGUGCUUUGUAGACAGGUUGUGCGUGCUGGGUGGAGAAGUUUGGGGGUGGUGUUUCAGAUGGGUCUCUUGGAGGACACUAAGUCACUAAAUGAUCAUCUGAGCCCCAACCUCUUACACCACACGCACGCAUACACGCACGCACGCACGCACGCACGCAUGCACGUCACCAGGACAUGGAGAAGAACAGCAAAGACAGGGCCCACACCAGGGGCCUCACAGCUUUUCAGCAAGCUCUCCAAGGCCGGAAGACAGGGAGCUAUGGAGACCCUGGUCUAGUUCUCAGAGAGCAUAAGUCCGUCCAUACAUUGUGUGUGGUUCUCCUUCCACCUCCCGACCUCCCUAACCCUGCCCAAUGCAGCUCCCAUGUGGGGAGUACCAUUGAAGGUAGGAGAAUGGUGUUGAAAGUAAUUGAAAGAUGGAGUCUUCCAAGGGUCCAGAGGACAUGCCACAGCCCAUCAAUCCUCCACCAAGAAACUUCUCUGAGUUACCUCAGCCUCCCUCUACCCUAUAACCACACACAGAUUGACAGUCCCAUAAACAUCUUUCUGUCAUGGACCUGUCUCUGAGUCCACCAGCUGCCCCUGGAAAACUCUCAGGGAAAAUACUUACAUAGCACAACUCUCAACCCCUAACUGGCUUUGCCUUCCUCCCCACGAGCUGCCCUCCUCACAGAGAUCCUGCUCCAUUUAUGAAGGGCACUGCCAUUAUCUAGCUGUCCAAACCAGAAGCUGGCCUAUGACCCUCACUCAACCUCUCUCCCCACACAUCAGCUCCUCGCAGCCCACAUCCUGGCACAGCACCACAGAGCACUGAUUCCAACCUCCGAGGGCCUCCUAAGUUACCUCCUCUGUCACCCCAUAGCCUGCCAUCAAUCUCCCACAGGGCCUCUCAGAUCUACCCUCCACACCUGGGUGGAAUGAUUACUCAGUCCACGAAUGUGGCCAUGCCAUUUCUUCAUCUUUAAUAUUUCUUUCAGCACACCCACCCCCAAACUCAUUGCCCCCAAGCUGGCUCUACUGACCUCCCUAUUCCUCCACCACUUCCUCCCUCAGCCUUACCACUUACUGAUAACAACACCUAGGCAUUCAGGAGGCUGUGGUUGUGCCUCCAACCUUUGCCAUACUGAUCCCUCUGCUUGGAAUGCCCUCCUGCCCCCUCUACCAAUGCCCUCAACCCUCAAGGACAGCCUUCACCCACCACUUUGUAUGCCAGAAAAGCUCAGGCCUCUCUCCUGCCCCUCUCCCUGGGUUGGAAUCUCUGAUACCCGUGAAUGAUACCCAUCAGCCUGUGAGCCCUUUCAGGACAGGAAUGCUGAGUCACCAGCUCCUUGCAGUCUUCAAUAAAUGUUUGUUAAAUGAGUAAA